AACAGGCAGCUCGUCAUGCCAAUUGCGAGGGGCCUCACGCCGCCCCAGAGCCUUGUGUUCUCGCUAGAGCACAUUGCCUUUGAGAUGGUUCGGGCCAAGCACCUAUACGAAGGAAGGGAUGGAACACAGCAUGGGCGAUCUAUCUUUUCGUUGGCCCACCCCAUCCAUUAGUCUGCAAUUAGUUCAGUUCCACAGCUGCUGCCUGUCUCCUCACGCAUCCGCCGUGCCGGGACCGCCACCGCCAACCUGGCAGUCCAUCUUGAGUAAAAGGACAAACAUUCGCCAUGGCGCAGCUGCGACAAGCCUGCGAGGAGGGCGAUGUGGAUGUCGAUCAGGUCAUUGACGAUCGGGGUCAAAGGCGGAGCGGGAGCCCUACGCCGCGAUCGGGCACGCCCAGGCAGUCCGACGUGCUCACUUCCCUGACUUCCUUAGCGACUUCGAGUUCUUCCUCGAUCCAGACUUUGGGCCAGGAAGCUGCCCAGGGUGUCGCCGGAGAAGUUGAAGUCGGUGAUGGCCCUAGUCUUCGCGAAAAUACCCCCCGCACGCGUCCCAACGGCAGUCUGUCCCGCACGAAUGCUCGACCCCCGCUCGUCCAUCAGGGAAGCGCUUCGAACAUGGGCUCGAAGCUGGAAUGUCUGCUGCGCGGUGCGGCGUGUCUUAAAGGUCUACAUGGAGGAGAAUUGAGCGAUGAGAGCAAGGAAGCACGCGUUCAAGGAUCCAAGACACUCAUGGAGAUGAGCCAGGAAGACACCGAUGCACACACCCUGUCAUACCAGGAUUACGACGAUAUCGAUACCGAUACUGACAGCGACAGCGAUUCUGGCACGUCGGAUAUCCCACCAGAUACUGCGGCCGUGGACGAUGCGCAACGCAAUUCCCCAAAAGUCGCCGCUGAGGGGAAGCUGAUUCCUGCAGGAUCGCAUCCGAACGCCUACAGCGUCGAGUCGGAACCACACCAAGUUGCGCGGCGCAAGUUGAAAAUGGACCAGCCUCCUAUGCACUCGUUCAAUCCCGAAUCCACUCAGCUGGAGAACUUAUCGCGAUACGCAUGGCCGCCUUUCAAGCGGACAACCAGCGGGAGCUCGAGCUUCGAUCCGGCGCGUGCAUCCAGGGCCCAAAGCAACGUCACCACCAGCAGUGGCGGCGGCGGCAACGGACAACCAACAGAGCAUGACGCGCUCGCGGAGUUCAUCGCUACGCCCUCGGACGUCAUCGACCAGGAUGCGCAAGAGCUGAGCAACUACCAAGCGCCGCAAAUGUUCGGUGAGGCAGUAUUGCCCGACGACGAGGCGCAGACAUCGCCUGGAGACACGGCUGCUGGCCGCAGAGGGUCUGCAAUGGAUGCCUCUGCGUCUGCGUCGCGGACACAAGGAGAUGUACAGCUGAGCCAGAAGGAGCAUAGAAGGAAGCAUGAUGCCCACAGUGCAGAAUGGCAUCGCCUCACGCAGGGCGUUACGCGCGCUCCUUCGCAGCGCGAUUUUGUGACUGAAGAGCAACGACAUAGCAGUGACGGCAGCGACAGUGGAAAAAUAAGGUUAUUCCAUCUGCUCGGCGCCAGGCAGCGGCCUGCACAGCAGCAUCAGCACCAGGCCCAGGAACAAGGCCACUGUGGGGAAGAAGGAGACGUAAGGGAAGAACACCAUGGGCGCACGCUCUAUUUCCUCCAGGAUGAUUCGCAGCUCGCUGUGCACUUGGACCAGAAGGCUUUCGAUGAGCUAGAGCAUGCGCAGAUGGAGAAGGAGCAGGCGUGUAGGUCGCUCAGAAUGCAGCAAGAUGAUAUUAAGCGAAGGGAGGAGGCAGACAAGGAAGCCAGCGCCUCUGUUGUUGCUGCUAAUGCUGCUGCUGACGUGGAUGGUGGUGCCAAUGGAAAGUCGUCCAUCGCUUCGAUUGACAGCGACGGUGACCACGAGCGCGCAGGUCUGGAAGAUGGAGCGCGCGGCCAGUCCCUCAGUCUACCUGUGUCUAUGGGCCUCGCAGCAUCAGACAAGGUUGGUGAGAGCGCCAAGAGCACGCUGCAGGCCCAGGUUCGCACCGAGUCGGGCCUCUUGGGGGAACAGGCGGUCGCACAGGCCAACGAGCAGGGCCAGGAGGCGCUCGUGCACUCGCACAUUGCUCCUGCCAUCAGCCUAGAAAAGAAGCUCGAUGCGCUCAAGGCGGAGUUUGGAGAGGUCCAUCUGAGGGACGAGGCGAUAAAAGAACUUGGAGAGGAACGAUAUGUGUGUGCUCGGAUGUGGCUAUAUGCGGGUUUGCACUAGAGCGAUAGCUGACCUUCUCAGCAUUUGUCGUUUUGCCACGAUUCAGCUCGCCGAUGCUCCUGCCGUGCUCAUG